AUGGACAGCGGCGUAGUUCACAUCUACAAGGAGGACAGGUGUCCGUCGGGCCAACCGGAGGAGUGCAUCCCAAACUUUACUUGGCAACCAGGCUUAUCGGACAUCUUCAACUACACCCCGAACGGCACCUGGGAUGCUGAACCCGAGCCCAUGUCGCCCAUCAUCCCCAUCAUAGUGGCGGUGUACUCCGUGGUGUUUGUAGUGGGCUUGGUGGGCAAUUGUUUGGUGAUGUAUGUUAUUAUAAGAUACACAAAAAUGAAAACAGCCACCAACAUCUACAUCUUCAACCUGGCUGUGGCUGACGCUCUGGUGACCACCACCAUGCCCUUCCAGAGCACCGAUUACCUGCUCAGCUCCUGGCCCUUCGGUGAGGUGGCGUGUAAGGUCUUCAUCUCCAUCGAUUACUACAACAUGUUCACCAGCAUCUUCACGUUGACUAUGAUGAGCGUGGAUCGCUACGUGGCGGUAUGCCAUCCCGUCAAGGCGCUGGAUUUCCGCACGCCUGUAAAGGCUAAGAUCAUCAACGUGAUCAUCUGGGUCCUCUCCUCUGGUGCUGGGAUUCCUGCCAUGAUACUCGGCAGCACUCAGACUAAUAACGGGACCACAGAGUGUGCCCUGCAGUUCCCUGACCCCUACACUUACUGGGAUACCCUGAUGAAGAUCUGCGUCUUCAUCUUUGCCUUUGUCGCCCCCGUCAUCAUCAUCACUGUCUGUUACACGCUGAUGGUUCUGAGGCUGAAGAGCGUGCGCCUCUUGUCAGGCUCACGUGAGAAAGACCGUAAUCUCCGCCGGAUCACUCGACUGGUCCUGGUUGUGGUCGCCGUCUUCGUGGUGUGCUGGACGCCCAUCCACAUCUUCAUCCUGGUCAAGGCGCUGUCGAGCAACGUGCCCGAGACCACAGCUGUGACGGCGGCCUACUUCUUCUGCGUGGCUCUGGGCUACACCAACAGCAGCCUCAACCCAAUCCUCUACGCCUUCCUGGAUGAGAACUUCAAAAGGUGCUUCAGGGACUUUUGCUGCCCCAGUGCUCAUGGGCAAGGGGACUGCCAGGGCAUGAGCCGGGUCAGGAGCACCCUGCGGGACCACUCGUGUCCCGUAGAGGGUCGGAGGGAUUUAAGGCAGGCCAGGCAAGUAUGACUAGCCAUGGACUCAUCCUUGAUGUACUAUCAGGGUUGGGAAGACUCCAACGACCUGGGCUUGACUCAAAUCACCACUGCCAUUUGAUGAGGAAGCUACUGAGA